UUUCUCUUUCACAGCAUAUCUGAGCUCUACUCAGAAUGCUGCUGAGUUGAGUCUGCAGAGUUCUGCAGUUUCUUUGUCUUCUCUCUGUGAGAAGGCUCUGAUGCAGUUUCUGAUCAGUAUUACUACUUAUCUAUGCUGUGCUAAGCAGCUGAAGAAGAGAGAGAUUUUAUACAUCUGUCUCUUCUCUCACUUCUGUUAUUUUUAUUAUAUCUGUAACAAUGACUUCUAUCUCUCU